GCUCGUGUCUGCCCUUAGCCCAAAUCCCUACUACUCUAUAAGCACGGUGUGUAGGCAUCCACACCAUGCGCCAUUGUUCUGCCUUCCGACGCUCCCCACGCCCGCCGCACACACCACGAUGAGAUCCUGUAAAGCUGUCCGUGGAUCCCCGCGACAUCCUCCUCCAUCGCGCUAUGGUCACCCCCGACGUCCUCCCCUCCACGCCGCACCCGCCCCAAUUCAAUGGGUCGGAUCUCAGGGGCGCUUCCCCACCACGCACACUGAUCUCCAUCUAUGGAAGUGCCUCUGUCAGGCGGGUGACCUCGCGGGCGCUCUAAGGCUGCUGGGCUCUGACGGCGGCAUCGACGUGUGGAGCUACUGCAUGGUCGUUCAGCUCUGUGGGGAGGAGCGAUCGUUGGAGGCUGCCAAGAGAGUGCAUGCCUUAAUUCGCGCGUCCAGUGCCGCUGUAACGGGUGGGAAAGGAAGCGUCCUUGGGAAGAGGUUAGUGCUGGCGUACCUGAAAUGCGGCGACCUGGGCGAGGCAAGGACGGUGUUCGAUGGAAUGCCUCAUCGGCUGCUGAUGUCCGUGUCUGGACUUCGCUGAUGAGCACGUACGGCAAGGCAGGUGAUUUCCAGGAAGUUGUCUCGUUGUUUAGGCAGAUGCAGUGCUGCGGGGUCACUCCGGAUGCACAUGUUGUUUCCUGUGUCCUCAAGUGUGUUGCCAGUUUGGGCAGCCUUACGGAAGGCGAGGUGAUUCAUGGAUUACUUGAGAAGUUGGGUCUCGGUCAAGCAUGUGCGGUUGCAAAUGCUCUGAUUGUUGUGUACUCGUGGUGUGGACGGAUGGAGGAUGCGGCGUGGGUAUUUGACAGUAUGCAUCCCCGGGAUGCCAUCUCUUGGAAUUCUAUGAUUGGUGGAUGCUUUUCAAACGGAUGGCAUGGUACAGUUGUUGAUCUUUUCAGCAAAAUGUGGUCUCAAGGUACGGAGAUCAGUUCAGUGACAGUGCUCAGUGUUCUGCCUGCUUGUGCGGUGGAAAUCAUAGUUAUAGCAACAUGAAAAUGCGUAUGUUGUUGUUUCUUUAUGGUGUGCUCACUAGAUUCAUGAACAUCGAUGCGACAGUACCACUAUUACGAAACAGAGAAUUAAAUA